AUGAGCUUCAAGUCAGCCAUCGUCGUCCUCGCUACUCUCGCCUUCCGGACCAUUGCGGUCCCGGUCGAGCCCGCCCAGCCCCCGAACCCGGAAGACUGGACCCUCCUGAACUUCCGACGCACUUGCGCAGCGGACCAGAGCCGGUGCAGCUACGACUUCCUCAUCUCCGAAGACGCGGCCAAGGUGCCCAAGUACUGCAACUUUGACAUUGACGCCGCCGGCGGACUCCGCGCGUACCAGACCGACUUCUCGUCCCUCAAGUGCCCGAGCGCACCCGAGUAUUCCAUCAAUGGCGGCUGGGACGAGCAAGGCUUCAUCACGCUGACGGUCAUCGACGAUCCGAGGAGGCUCCUGUCUUUCUUCGCUUUCAGAGAUGAAGAGCUGUGGGCUGGUGAGGCGGCGACGCCGCAGCAGUCUAAGGUCUUCGAUUAUCCGUUCUCCACCAAGCGAGAGGUCAUGGCCAGCCAGGAAGAGAGUGAGAUGGCAUACGCUCCCAGCUGGAAGAUUAAGGACUUCAUCAGAUAUGAAUUCAACCGAGGAAUCCCUUACAGCGAUGCACUUAUCAUGAGAUUCGGCAUUCAGAGUGGUCCUUUGACCGAACAGUGCCUCCUGAUCAUUGCCCUUUUUGAAGGAACUGUGCCCCUGGGUAAGAGCUUCGCUGACGCAGCCUGUGGCUACGGUGGGUGGACGGUUUCUUGGGGUCACAACGAGACUACGGAUGAGGCGGUCAUGACCUUGAUGAAUGUACACCAUGACAGGAGAGCAUUCUAUGGAUUCAACGAUGUUAGCAAAAACAUCAUUCUGGGUGACAAUGGACCUAGACCUGCCUCUCCGUAUUAA